AUGACGAGACGAAGAACAACGCUGCUUGCGCUGCUGCUGGGGUGGUGCGCGGUUGACGCAUCAGCGAAGGGGGUAGUCCAGGCUCUGGCCGGGUUAGUGGUUGGAGUGGUGGCUGGCCGGUUCUCUCAGAGGGUCCCGAGGCUGCGGCCAGCAGGUUCAGCAGAUGAACCGCGGCGGCCGUUGUUCGGGGCUGAGGGCUGGGAGGGCGAGGCCGACGUUUCCGACUGGGAGCCGUUUCGCCUGCUGGGGCGGUCGAUGGUUGACUACAUCGCCGACUACUACCAAGGGGUCGAGUCCCUCCCAGUCCGGGCGAUCGUGGAACCUGGAUACCUGAAGAAACGGCUGACACAGCGAGAGUUUCCGACGAAGGGUGAGGUUUGGAGCGACAUCAUGGCGGACGUGGAGUCGCACAUCAUGCCCGGGAUUACCCACUGGCAACACCCAAGGUUCUUCGCGUGGUAUCCGGCCGCUUCUUCCCCUCCCGCCAUCUUGGGCGACAUGCUGGCGUCGAUGUUCAACGUGAUAGGCUUCAGCUGGGAGGCCAGCCCCGCGUCGACAGAGUUGGAGACCGUGGUCCUCGAUCAGCUCGGGAGGGCGGUGGAUCUCCCCGAGGCGUUCUUGUCGAGCGGGGGGGGCGGGGGGGGCGGGGUCAUCCAGGGGUCCGCGAGCGAGAGCACCUUGGUCGCCGUGCUGGCGGCGAGGACGAGGGCUCUCAAGCACAUGCGGAGGCGGAGCCCUGCCGGGGUAAGCGAUAGCGAGCUGCUGGCGAAGAUGACCCUUUACGCCAGCGAUCAGGCCCACUCGUCCGUGCAGAAGGCGGCCAACAUCGCCGGGCUCGGGUCCAACCUGCGCCUCAUCCCCACCCGGGGGAGCGGCGAGGACGGGCAGCGGUGCUACACCCUGGACGCCGGCGAGCUGUCGGAGGCCAUGCGGGAGGACGAGGCCGCCGGCCUGACGCCGGUGUUCGUGAGCGCGAACGUCGGCUCGACGAACACUUGCGCCGUGGAUCCCGUUCGCUCGCUCGGGGAAGCUUGCCGCAGCUUCUCGACAGGAGAGAGCACGGAAGAGGAAGGGUCGGAGACGCUCGUGCCGUGGCUGCAUGUCGACGCCGCGAGCGCGUACCUUGUGGAUGCCCUCUCCGUCACUCCGGAGAUCUUGCGGUCCAAGGAGUACAACUCGAACCAGGUCUCCGACUUCAGAGAUUGGCAGGUGCCACUCGGGCGAAAGUUUCGGUCCCUCAAGAUCUGGCUCACGAUGCGCGCCUUCGGCCUAGAGAAGGUCAGGGGCCUCAUCCGCCGCCACACGCAGCUCGCCGGAGAGUUCGAGGCCAUGGUCGAACAGGACGACAGGUUCGAGAUCGUCGCGCCGGCGAGGUUCGGCUUGGUCUGCUUUAGGCUCAAGGCCUCGUGCGCGGCCAACGAGGAGCUCAGAUCGCGGAUCGUAGCCUCGGGGCUGGCGUUCUUUUCUUCCACCAAGCUCGAGGGCCGGACGUGCCUGAGAGUGAGCGUUGGGGGCCUCGCCACCGAGAUGAGACAUAUCCGAGACUUAUGGGGCGCGCUCGGAAGGACUGCAGACGCCGUCACCGCUGACGGUUUCUGACGCUCGACAUUCAGGGCUGUUCUGUAGUGGUCGAGUUGGGCUGAUUAAGACGGGUGGCUCGAGGUGGGAGUUGGACGGGGCCGUGGCAGCGAAGGGACUGAUCUCGUUCGGUCUCGCGCUCAUUGGUGCCGUUCCUGGACUGAAAUGUUACGAGCGCCUGUCGACUUUUUUUUUGUGUGUGUUUGUUUGCUCUCCGCCGGACCCGGAACGUCGCGCGUGCCUUGCUUUUUGGAUGACGGGGGUGCGCAAGUAGGGCUACGGUCGGAAGAAGGGGGGGUACUUCGAGGAAAGGGAAAAGGCCACGUUGUAUUCACGUGCCCCUCGCGUGUCGGGCGACACCAACCUAUUUGUUUUCAUUCCGUACCAAGUUGCCCAGGUUUUUUUGUGGUUUUUGUUUCGGAGACAACAAGAGCAACAACAGUCAUGCUGCAGUAUUUCUGGUAGCGCCAGAUGCGCGGCGUCUUUUGGUACUCGUGACAGAUGCCGGGGGAGGAGAGCGCUGUCGAAGCUGGAAUCCACAAAAGCCCAAUUC